UAUAGUCACUACAAGGAACCAUCCAUGUAUCAAAAUUUUUCCACAAUAAUUUUCAGAAAGGUGAUUGACCCAAUGCGAGUAAAACAAAGUUUGAGUCCGAUCUGAAGUAAUCAUGUUAUCUAACGACUGUAUACCGCGUGGAAUAUAUCAACUGACGAAUACUUUUUGUGUGAGAAUGUGUUUGAUGAAGAGCAAGGUUGACGGAAACUCGGGAUUUUUUCAUCACAUCGCGAUAGUGAAUGAUUUAGACACAUACACUUACAUUUUCAUUGAUAGACAAAUUCACAAAUGGGUAGAGUUUAGCGCCACACGGGAUAUAAAUGCAAUACAAGUGGAGGUCAGACGUUAGUAAAUAAUCAGCCGGUGUGCUAGAGACAGAGAAUUUUCUUGUGUACAGCCACGAAAUUUGGCAUUUAAAUAGCAAUUUGUUCACUUGAAUUUUUGAGUUUUACAUCAAUUUACUGCAAUGGUUUCGGUAACAGAAAUUCUUGAAUUACCCAACUAUGUGAAGGUUAGUAUUGAAAAGAUCGGUCAGGACAUGGGACUCGUGAAUCCCAAGUGGAAGGCUAUGAAAGGUUCCCAAAACGGCGACAAUUUCUCUAGCGAGGUAUAUCGGGUUAUCAUAGUGUCAGAAGAUGGCAUAAUACCUGAAGAUUUUUCAAUAAACAGGGCAAUUUCGCAGAAAGAAGUUCACUUGAUUGUGAAGGUUGCUCCACAGUCACCCAUGAGGCGUGCGAUUUAUAAAUCUGCGUUGUAUUUUGCGCGGGAAAAAUAUUCUUACGAAGUUAUUCUCCCGCGCUUUAGCGAAUUUGAGAAGCAGUAUUUGAGCAACGAUGAGAAGUUUCACAACUACGCUCACAUGGUGAUGGUGAGCCUCACAGACCAAGAAGAAUUCUUGAUUAUGAAUGACUUAAAACGUGAAGGAUUUUGGAACCCAAAGAGAUCAACACCACUAAAUCUGCAUCAAUGUCGACUUGUUAUGAUCACCAUGGCCAAAUUCCAUGCCAUUUCUUAUGCAUUCAAAGAUCAGCAUCCCAAUGAAUUCUACGAAUUGGCAUCGCAACUCACUGAGACGAUGUUUGCCGAGCCCAUUGGAGAGGAGAUGAAGCAAUUCUUAGCCAAAAAGAUUGAAUAUGGUCUGGGAACCCUCAGAUAUAGCGAUGAUACCAAAUUCAGAAAGCACCUUGAGCAAUUUGGAAAAGAAUACGCAGAAAAUAUGAUUUCGUGUGUUCAUGUGAAGGAAUAUGGCGCCAUUUGUCAUGGUGACUCAUGGAUCAGUAACCUCAUAUUCAGGUUCAAGAACAACGUUGAAGAUGAGGUGAAGUUGCUGGAUUGGCAAUUGAGUCGGCACACAACUCCAGUUUUGGAUCUCAGCUACUUUAUCUUCUGUUGUACGGAUGAGAAGCUAAGGAUUCAUCUUCCUGAACUGCUGAAUGAAUACUACGACCUUUUGAUUUGUCGUAUCAAUAAACUGGGCAGCAAGGGAUCCGAUCUCUACCCAAAGAAUGUAUUUGAGGAUCACUGCAAGAAUUACAUGAAAUAUGGACUAGGUUUAGCCCUGAUGACGCUUCACUCGAUAACGUGUGAACCUUCACAAAUUCCUGACGUUGGCGAGUACCUGGACAGUAUGGAUUUUGCCAAGAUUGAUCAAAUUGGAGAUGAGCUUAUUAAAAAUCCAGCAUACAUCAAGCGUAUGUCAGGAGUUAUUCGUGACUCUGUUCGAUUUGGUUAUAUUUAGAAAGGAACAUGAGGCAGAUUUUAUGAGAGUUUCUAAUUCUAAGUUUUUAAUAUGAAUUUAAAAUUCAAUUUCCUACUUAUUUUUGAAUUUAAAGUAUUCCUUGUUAAAUCCGAAUUUAGACCAUCUAGACAUCCUUUUUAUAUUAUGUUUUACCUGUAGAAUUAUGUACAUUAUAUAGAAGUAAUAUUAGGCUGCAGGAAUGACACAAUCAAAUGAGAGUUUUUCAAUUUUUUGAAUGAGGGUUGUCCGAAAUUAGAAAUUCAAAAACAGUUUAGUUUGUUACACAAUACUUAAAAGAAAGCUACAAUGCAAAAUAUUUUUUAAAGCUCCCCAAAAUGUAAAUAAAUUAAGCAAGCAAUGUAAAUACGUAAAUGUAAAUAAAGAUAAAUAAUAAAAUGCAGAAAAUAUGAAAUUAAA